AUGGACUGCAAAGAAUCCGACCAGCAUCGGUGAGCUUUUCCUACUUUAUUUCUUUUUAUUUUUCUUGAAUAUCUUCCUAUUAUAUCAAUCGAUCUAAUAAUUUCCACUUUAUUAGAUUCUCAUGAUUUUUAUUGAUCUCCGGAAUAAAAAGAGAACUGAUGAAUUUAUUUUUUAAGUUUCACAAAUUUUUAUAAGAAUCGCUUUGAGUGAAUUGAAACCGUACGCAUUGAAAUUGAAAAUUUCCUUUAAGAAAAUUAGAAAAUUACUUAAAGUAGCCUUUUAAAACUAGAAUUGGUAUAGUCUGUUCAAAUUUUUAAUGUCAAAUGCAAUGACGUCAUUCAAAAACACUCUGUGGAUGGCUCGCUCUCUGAUUGGUUUAUUGCACCAUUAUGGGCGGAGCUUGAGCGACGACUUGACAUUUAAAAUCUGAACGGACUAUACUUCCUUACUCGGAACUUGGUAACGCAAACUGGACGCGUUUCGGACGUAUCGCAUCAUUUCUAGUGACCACUUUAGUAGCGUCAGCACCCUUAAGUGAUCCCUAGGAUUGCUCAUUUCGUUACCGAGGCGACUAUCUGAUUGAUAGGCUUAUAGCCAGUUUCAAGCUUUUUUCUAUUUCCGUGAAAACUUAUAGCCGAUUCUCUUCUAGCUUAGGGCGCAAAAAGACCUGACAGGACCCUUUUUUCAAUAGCUCAAGCCAGCUCUGAAUCAGCUAUAUUACCUCUGAUAUCAAUAGAAAAUAAUCUAAAAUGAGAGAUUUGCAGCCACAUGCGGCACAUCGCCUUCACGGCAGUCGUCGUCUCGACUGUCGCCGUCAUUUCGGCGGUCCUCACCCUCCCGCUUCUUUACACCAAAGUGCAGACCCUCCAGAGUGACGUCAUCGUCGAGACUGACUUCUGCAAGGUUCUAUAGGCUUUCAUUUUCUCUGUUAAUCCCAAAAUUUUAUUUUGGACUUUAUCCAAUGUUAUAUAAGGUUAAGAAUCUAUGAUUUUAUCAGCUUUUAAGAAAUUUUGAGCGGUUCUGAGAUAAUUUUUAGGAUCUAGAAAAAUGGUGCAUAUUCUAUGCCGCGUAGCGUUUUUUAGAUGAUACUGUUGUGAACGAAGUUUAAUCAAAAAAUAUUUGUUUUUUGAACUUUAAAAAGUAAAAAAGUCAUAGAUGAAAUUUUGAUGAAGCUUGGCUGGAAUUCACAUCAGAAUUCCCUGAUUCGGAAUCAAUAUAAAAAUUAUCGCAAUUUAUUUUGAAUAAAGUAGAAUAAAAAGCUUUAAAUGACGCUUGUUCGCUAUAAUCUGUAGAGCUUCGAAAAUUUUUAACUUCAAACUCAAAAUAUUUUUGUGAGAAAAUUAUUUUCAAUGGAAUCAAGAGGUCUUGAAGUGCAAACCAGCCAAUUUUCAUCAAAAGUUCAACUAGAUCCCUACGAAAGAGCUUCAAUCGCUUCUGAUCCCACCUCCCUUGUGAGAAUAGUCGUAGCCCAGUUAUAUUUCGAAAAAAGACAUCCUCUAAAUAUAAGACAACUUACAGUUGCGCUCCCGUGACAUGAUCUACUCCAUGUCUCAAAUGGCCCCAGCUGGCCGUGUGAAGCGCGCUUGGCAGUUCGGCUCGUGGGUCCAGGACAGCGGCACCGGAGGAGGAGCCGGCAACGCCAACGGCUACGGAGGCUACGGCGCUUCUGGAUCCAAUGACGUAGGCCCAGCUGGAAGAUUCUCUUCAUUGGAAAUUCCGCUUUCAGUACAACACCCCAGCCUCGAACGGCUACGGACCGGUUGUCAACGCCGAGCCGGAACCACAGUGCUGCACUUGCCAGCAAGGACGAGCUGGACCACCUGGACCUCCUGGAGACGACGGACACGACGGAAAGGACGGAGAUCAAGGAAACGAAGGACAACACGGAAAGGUUGCUCCGUUGUUCCAUUCCGUCUUUCUCGGACUCCGGAAUUGCAAAAAACAAAAAUAUUGAAUCUCAGGACGGUGGAGUUGGUCCAUCGGACGGACUUCAAGGCGAGCCUUGCAUCAUCUGCCCACCAGGACCACAAGGAGCCAUCGGAAACCCAGGAGCCAAGGGACCUCAGGCAAGAAAGAAAAUCUUUUAUCCGACAAAAAAGACUCGUCUUCCAGGGACCACGCGGAUCACCAGGACUUUCUGGAGUCGACGGCCGUCGCGGAGAGCCAGGAAUGGCCGGACCAGCUGGAACCCAAGGCGAGCCUGGACCUCAGGGACCACCCGGCAAGAAGGGAGACGAUGGCCGUGUCAUCAAUGUAAGAGAAAAUCGGGAUGGAUUGGAAAAAAGUUUGAAUUUGUCAGGUCAACGGACCACCAGGCCCACCAGGAGCCCCAGGAGACCAGGGACGCAAGGGAGAACGAGGACCGAAGGGAGUUCCCGGCAGCGUUCAUCCCGGAGUCCAGGGACCUGCAGGAGACCAAGGCCGCAAGGUUUGUGGUUCUGAUAGUUUGGAGCAAUGAAUACAACUAGGAAAAACUCUAGCGGCCACUUAAGAGCUUCCUCAAGGACUGCUCGGAGAGGACACUAAAGUGGCCACUCAAAGCACCUCUAUAGAAGCCAGUAUUUUGUGUUUUAGUGACCACUAUAGUAGUGUUCAGUGGUCUAGUAGAUCCAAUUAGGCUUCUAAAAAGACCACUGAAAUUUUGCAAUUUAAGUGGCCACUUAUUCGACUACUAUAGCGGCCGCUAAAACUUCAACACCCUAAAGUGGUCACUUAACAUUUCCCCAGAAAACUCGCUGGUUAGUUGUUGAGUGACCAGUAAAUUUUUAAAGGUAGCGAUUUGAAAUUUAGUUGAAAGUCAAGGAUUAUACCAGUCAAAUCAAAAAAAAAAACAAUACCGAGCUUCAGGGACGACCUGGCCGCAAAGGAGAGCCCGGAGGCACCGGACCAGUCGGAUCCAAGGGACCCAACGGCGACUGCUUCCACUGCCCCACGCCACGAACCCCUCCAGGAUACUGA